AAAACCAUCUGGCCACACCUGUCCAUUAGUUUUUUGUUUAUGUUGGGACGUUGUCGGAAAAAUCGGCUGUUCUCCCGUGUGUCCGUCUGCUAUGAAAAGCUGCUAAAAAGCUAAAUAUAAAUAUCAGCGCGGCGAACACGUUGGCUGGCUGCAUUGUUUUCCCAUUUUAAUGGGAAAUUUUGUGAGUGCGAGUCAGAAAAACGCAUCUUGUGUGUGUAUAUAUAAGUAUGUAACUGUGGCCGUGUGUGUGUUUCUGUGUGCAUGGUGCAAUGGAAAAGUGAUUAUUAUAAAUGAAAAACAGUGAAAUGUACAACCAACUCCCACUUGUACGUGUGUAACGGCAAAGGGUGUUUUGCCUGGGUGUGCGUGCCAGAUAAAAGACUUUGAAUUUGUGGAGGAUACUAUAGUGUCAACCGAGGGGUAUAAAUACGCAAAAAGCCCCUAAUAUGCAGGCAAGUCCAUUAAUUACGCCAAAGGUCAAAAGUUAGGCACACUGCCAGGACCCAAGGAGCAAUAAUAAUGUUGUAAGAAGGCGGCGAGCCUGUAAGAAAGAGAGAGAGAGAGAGAAAGGGAGCUGGUGUUUUGGUGUGAGUGCGUGGUAGAACAAAGAGGACGAAAAACACGGCUAAACAAAUUCGCCGCAAGACCAAUUCGCCGUCAGAAAUUGAAAGAAAACAAAAGGAUAUUAUUAAAACUAAACUAAAGACUGCUAAGCUAUAUAUAAUUCAUAACAAUGUCAGCGGCGGAACUUGAGGCAGAAGCUGCCGCCCAGGAGCAAAAACCACAACAACAACAACACCAAUCGCAGGGCGAAGAAACAAAUACAAACACAACUGCCAUCAAUGAAAAUGCAACCACAACAAACAAUUACAACAAUAAUUUGGAUACGGACACCCAGCUACAAAUGCACCAGGAUCCUCAGCAACAGGAGAUCGAGGGCAACAGCAACAAUGGGCUUACAGGACUCGGUAUUAGUCUGAUGAACUCCUCACCGCCGCCGCACAGCUACCGGCACUCGCGGGCCUAUCGCCACUUCAAGAAUCCUCCCCAGCCGCACAUGUGCAUCCGCACCACCACGGAAUCCGGGGAGGAGCUCUUCAUCAACGUCCUCAGCUGGACGCGUAUUGUGAUACCGCAGGAGCCCAGCGAUCCCAUCCCUCUUUACGGGGGUAUGCGGGUUCCGCCUGGCAGCCCCCGCAGUCCUCCCAUCGUCUUUGCCGUCAUGGCCAAUCCGGAGGUGCUGAAGGACUCUGGCCGCCACAGCAAAGAUCCCGAGGAGCGACGUGCCAUGGUGGAGCUAAUGUGCGACUUUGUGGAGGCUAUGAAUCCAGGCGUGAAACUAGUCAGAAACGCCGUAAUACUCAAGGAUCGCGACAUCUCAGGCGAGCUGAAGGACGUGUGGAACGCAGUGCAGGCGCAGCGCGAUCGUGAGCGGGAAGAGCAGAUGAUGCAACAGCGCCAGCAACAGCACUACCAGAACAUCACCACGCAGCAGAUGUUUCCCAAGUCACCGGAUGCAGUGCGGGCAGCUAGUGCUGGUGGUGCAAUAAACGAGGCCAGCUCGCCACCGGCUAACCUGUCUGAGCCGCUGCUGGCAGAGCACGCCAAUGGGAACGGGAAUGGCAAUGGCAUCACUUUGGCCGUGUUUGCCCAGCAACUGGACAACAAGGUGGCCAGUGAGCACGGAGAACAGCAGGAGCAAUCAGCAUUACUGGAGGAAGCUUGCGUGGAUCAAACGGAUGCGGGCAGCUCAGCGAAUGGACCAUCAUCAGUGCUGGACAAUCAAACGGUGGUGGAUACCGAACCAGAGGUGAAGGUUGCUCCAGCAGCAGCUGCCACCAAUGGAGCCAGCACGCCCACAUCCAGCAACUCAACGCCCCCAGCUACGGCCACAUCCACUUCCAGUCCAAUCCUAGCCCCAGCUCCUGCUCCUGCUCCAGUUGCCACACCGACUCCACCACCCGCGGCCCCCACAAAGAAGGAGAAACUGGGUGGCUUCUUGCCCAAUGGCUGCAUCUUCCCGCGCUUCAAAAACAACAAGCACAAGGACAAGGACAGCAGUCAUAAGGAGGGCAAGAGCAAAGAGAAGACUCUGCUGAAUGCACUGAAAAAGAGCAAGGAGAAGAAGGUGGCGCCCAGUGAGCAGCCGACAGAGAAGGCCGCCGCCUCGGACAACGGAACCACGCAGUACGAGAAGAACUGCAUCAACAAUCUGGAGUGCGAGGUGCAGAAGCUGGACCUGAACAGCGGCAGCAAUGGCGACAACAGCAUGUUCAUCAAGCUGAAAGUUUCGCCGGCCAAUGCCACUGCAGCGGCAGCGGCGGCCAAGUAGAGAUAAUCCUGAAUUUACACACACACACAAAUCUCGUAGGUAAGUGGGAGUUAGAAUGAAAGAUUAGGAGGCGGCACUCGCCAGUGAAAGGAGCCACUGCGUCAGCACUUAGGGCUUAGAGUCGUGGGUAGAAUCGUGUAGCAUAUACAAGAUUUAUAUAUACAGAAUAUAUAUACACUCACACACCCGUUUACACCGUUGGUCAAUUUUUUGGAUAGCCACUCAGAACCAGGACUAGAUGAACUAACAGUUGUGCCAUGCUCCAGCUCAUAGACAUUUAUAGACGACAGCGCUUCUCCCAGGAUCUUCCUCGGCAUUUAACUGACAAAAUAACAAACGUAUUUACAUAGUUCAAUAUAUGUAUGAUUCGCAUACAGUUUGCCUUAUAUACAACAAGCCCAAGCGACAAGAGCCUAGCAAGAACCAGUUGAUAAGCACGAGAAUUAAUGUAUGUAACACCUAAUCGUCGAAUGAAACUCAUGCGCCAAAAGAACAUCCCAGCACUCACUCACUCACAUCUUAGACUAACUACUAGCUCCAUUCCCAAAUUGUCUCAUCACUUCAUCGGGAACCACCCACCAGACAUUUCCCAGUCCAUAUCCGUGUAAAAGUAUUAAAAAAACUGCGCAGAUCCAAACACCCUAACCCUGGAUCGAUUGAUCUCCACGCUUUGAAGUUGAGGGGCAGUACAACGGGGUGUGUUUUGAAGCCGGCUCAAUAGUGCCACAACUAACUUAUGUACCUUAGUAUACCCGAAUGCGAAAACAGUAUACAGAUCCGCAAUGUCGCUAUUAUGUUUUAUUUUUUAAAGUUUAACUUUUAGUUCCUCUUAUUGAAUACCGAAGGGGGAACCUACUUCUCCUUCUAUUUAUUUUCCGUGCGUGCUUGUUGUGUUGUAAUUGAUACUGUUGGAAUGUUUAACCUUUUACUGUGUUUAUUGUUUGUGCUAACCCAAUUCCCUCAACUUCAAACGAAACCACUCACGAAUCAUAUAUUAUAGAGAGUAAACCACUAGAAUUCGAAUAAAUAUUCGGGAAACUCCUCUGAAAAAAGGGAAAACAAAAAGUUUCAACUGCAAUAUCGGACUGAACAAUGCUGCCAUAUAAAAAUAUAUACAUGUAAUGACUUUGUAUAUAAAGUUAGCUACAUAUUUCCAUAAAAGAACGAAAUUUCAAUUGUGAUUCAAUCGAAAAUCUAAUUUUGUUUCCACAUCGAAGAAUUUUAUUGAAGGUCUAAAAAAAACAUACACAACGUAUACCGAAUAAAAUAUAAUUUUGUUUGCUAGGAAAAACAUCACGAAAGUGAGAAUCCCAACAGAAAGAACUUUUCUUUUUGUGUUUUCUUUUUUUUUAAGGUGCCAUACAGGAAGAGUGUAUGAGAAUUAAUCAAAAUUGAUUUCAUCCAAUUGGUAUUAUAUUUAAGCCUCGAGUUUCUUUAAUUGUGAGUUGGAAUGAGUAUCGAAAACCCUGAGUAAAUACUAGUUUUUAACUGGUUGUAAAUGAUAAAUGCUCGUGUAAAAUUAGUAUUAAAUUAAAGCACGAAACCAACAACAGAAACGGCAACAACAUAACACUAUAAUUACAAAUUAAACUAGUUUAAGAUUCAAGUCUUCUAAGCGAAGAGCAAAAAGCAAUAAUUUUACUUGAAAAGAGAGACCGGGCAAGAAAAUUAUGAUGAAAAUGCGUGUGGCGAGUUGACAGCAAUAGGGGUGAAACUGGAAAACUCUAGAAUUUUCAGAUGCAAAGAUAUGUCUUUAAAUAAUUUACAUAUUUAUUUAUUAAUCUUUGCUUACCAAGUUUACCAGAGAGAAAACACAUUUUUUGGUUCAUCCUAACCUCUGAAAAAUCUAGUGUUUUCCGGGUCACCCCGGAAAAACUUCUACAACAAACAAACAAACACACAUUUGCGGAUGAAAAGCCAGCACACAAAAACACACAUUUUUAUAUGUAUAUGUAUGUAAUAAUAAAAGAUCGUAUUUGACAAAAGUGUA